AUGUACAAACGACAUAGAGAUAAACAGGACAAACAAGCCUGGCGUGAUGCCCAGACAGAUAGACCGUAUGUCCCUCCUGUUGUAGCGCCUGGAAGUAAUGCUCCACUAUUCACAGGCAUUAGAGUGGUGGAGUUCAGCACACACUUGGCUGGCCCCACGGUGGGACGUUGUAUGAGUG